AGAUCAUCGUUUAAAAUCGAUGUAGACCCAGCCGGGCGGCAGGAAUCUGCGCAUCCAUGUAUAUCCAUGCUGCAGGACAGCGAUCCUGUUGACUUCAGGAUGAUCACGCCCAAAGCGAUUGCCAACGUCUCCCGCAUUGGUGAACUCUCAACGGCACCGAACAGUGCCCUGUCGACUCCCCGGACGUCACUCCUGCCCUCGUCGGCGCUACAUCCGAGUCAAAGUAUUUGGAGCCAGACGACGAGCGCACCGCAGCUGCCCGUCCGGCCGCCGCUACUGCGGCCGUGCAGCUCGCAGUCGCUUCCAGCUCGAUCCCCCGAGACGCCCAACUCCACCAGGAAUCUGGGCAGUCUUUUACCCGUUUCAUCCCUUUCAGCAUUUCCCGACGUGACCCGAAGUAUUAGCCAAGGGUCCAUGAGUAUGUUAUCCUCUGCCUUCUCACCGAUGGAGGCCUCCGAGGCCUCCCCAGGAAGUUUACCCGUCUCUUCGGUUGCGGCGGAUCAAAUUCAGGCCGUUGCCGCAGACUUCGAGGACUGGCCCGCGACCAGCGAGAGCUUUGCUCGUGCUAUCGCCAAGAUCCAAGCGAUCUAUGCCGAGGCCAUGCGAAGCAGCAGUGCCGCUCGAGACGCUGCAAUCAAGGCCCAGAAGGCGGCGGAGGACAAAGUUGAAGAACUGCAGAAACUCUUGGCGAAGGAGAAGCAGGAGAGAGAGAAAGAGACGCAGGCAUGGUCGGAAGAGCGGACGGAGCUACUCACGCGGCGGGGUGCUCUUCGCUUGCCGCCGACGGCUGAGAACAGGUUGAUUUCACCCAGUGCCAGCGGUUCACAGCAAAACAGCUCAACGUCGCUCACGACCAGUCUGCUUUCUUCAGAUCAAAGUGUGGUGCUUCCAAAGGCAGCUGGCCACAGUGGCAGCAAUGAAGGCUCUUUAGCUGCCUCAUCCGUUUCUGUCGACCGUGGGUCGAGCCCCAAGCGCGUGGAGGAAUGAGCUUUCGCCACCGGAGCGUUCGCCCUUGCGCAGCCCACCGUUGAUACAUCAAGUGUCGUCGACUGAGCGUCCCCUGAUUUUGCUGUGGGCAGGGACACUCCGGAUGUGCUAGACUGCUAGACUCUGCGCCUGUGGAGAUGAGGGAAGAGUGGGUCAACAGGAAGUUGGCAAGACAAGAAGGAAUCCC